AAUCUUUCGUCAGAACUCGAAUCCCGUAGUGCAGCCACUGGACUGGUCUGUGCCUCGCUCGUCGUCGCUUAGGGUCAAUUGUGGUUGAGUUUAUCACUCCUCAGAAAAGAAUAAGACCGUCUCCGUCCUUAGAGAGAUCGUGCGAAUUUUCUUCGGCCAAAACCGGUUUUUUUUAACGGCCGUGCGACUGUCAAUCAGGAGCCCCUCCCUCUCGAUCAAGGCUCCUCUCGAUACUACGCAAACUCAGCAGGUGCUGCAGGUGUUUUGCAGUAAUAUCUUCAUCUUCUUCUCUCUGUAUUGUUAUACAUCGAAAUCGAAGGCAAAAGGAAAGAGAAGCCAGUAAGCGGCUUUUCCUUGAUCGACACCACCGUCAUUCCUUGCUCCAUGGCCAGUCACAUCAUUGGUAAUCGCAAUAGCACUCCGGACGCUUCCAAAUCCACUCUCCGGCCCCCAUCGUCGUCCCGUAACCUAGGUUCGCAUCAGCUUCGAGCGUCGGCCGAUAUGUCGGGAUUUCCGUCCCCCUUGUCGUCCCGCAGCAUCCGCCCGGCAUCAGAGGUGUACUUCAAUCAGCAGUCUCAAGCGUCGAACAAUGCAGAGGACCCUCUGGAUCGUGCGGCUCAACAGUGGCUUGCGGAUAUCGAUCAGUACGAAACCACGCUAGAAGAGAUGGCCGCCGCAACGCUUGAUCAGGAUUUCAAGGAUGAGCUCAGUGCGAUCGAGCAAUGGUUCCGUGUGCUCAGCGAGGCGGAACGCACUGCUGCACUGUAUGCUCUGCUUCAGCAGACUACUCAGGUACAGAUCCGUUUCUUUAUCCAGGUUUUGCAGCAAAUGGCCAAGAGUCACCCCAUGUCGGGAUUGCUGUCACCUGCGAACUUUGGAGAAAAGGAUGCUAUGUCUAACCGCCUGAAUGACGCUAUGUCCAAAUUGAACGUGGACAGCUCUCGGAACUCUUUGGGUCGUCCCCCGCCCUCUCCAGGUGCCAAGCGCAACUCGGGGCUGGACUCCUCGACCAUCAAUGCUAUGUUCCCUGACGCCGCUGCUGCUAUUGCGAAGAAGAAGGCCGAGUUCACCCAGCAGACUGGCAACGCUCCCCCCUCCAACCGUCAACCCCCUGUAUCUCCAUGGGCCCAAAGGGGCCCCGAUAGCCAACCGCCAAUUGCUCGACCCAAGUCGUCCUCUGGCCACCAGCCCAUGGGGCAGUUCAGUCAGGCGUCUUCUGGCCUCCGCUCUCCCCUCCCCCAGACUGCUACGAUUCCUGCGCCCGAAAUCGAGGCUCCUCUUUUGUCGCCGUACAAUGUUGGUAAUGCCAGCUGGGCUUCCAUGACCAACACUCCGAUGACGGCUACUUUCGCGCAGCAGCAACAGCAGCAAAACUCGCAGGCUGAUAUGGUGGCCAAUGCGACGGCGAUGAAGCUGGCUGCUCUGUCGACUGUGAACAAUCGUAUUGCGCUUGAUGAUGCUCGGAAAUAUCGUCGUGCCCGUUCCAACGACGGACAAGGAAAGAAUGCUAAUGCCAACAAUGUCAAUCAGAACAUGCCUCAAGGCGGCCUCGCAAGCCCGGGUCUCCCAGGCCCCAACCACCUGGUUGCUGGACAACUUUUGAACGCACAACAGCUGGCAGCGCUCCAGGCGCAGCAGCAGGCCGCUAUGGCGGGUCGGCGUUCUCGCCCAACAUCCCCCGGAAUUGCUAUGCAAGGAGGCGCUCUCGGCCCAAUGGGAUUCACGUCGCCCCAGAACAACGGGUUCUUAGCAGCGUAUGACCCGAAUAACCCUCUCAUGGGCAAUGGACUGGGUGCGCUUGGCAUUGGACAGUUUGGCCUCGGCGGUCAUGAAGGUUAUCUCUCGGAUCACUCGGAGGUCACUCGCGGCCGCUCGCCACGAGGCCGUCGUGGCAGCUCGAAGCCGCCAGAGGAUCCCACCGACCCUGCUCUGUUGAAGGACAUUCCCAGCUGGCUGAGGUCUCUGCGUUUGCAUAAGUAUACCGAAAACCUGAAGGAUCUGAAGUGGACUGAGCUAGUUGAGCUUAACGACAAAGCUCUGGAGGAGCGUGGUGUUAAUGCUCUUGGGGCCAGAAACAAGAUGCUCAAGGUUUUCGAACAGGUCAGGGAAGCCAAGUCUGAUGGCAAGCUUGACAACAUUAUGUGA